GACGUCUGCUCCCUUAUUAAAGGAACGGCGGCGAGCUGUAGGCGGACAGUGUAAGCACGGGGUUGAUGAAAGCAAGAAGUGUUGAGUCAGGACGGGGUUUUUUUAAGUCGUUCCGGAGUAAAGAUGACCCUGGAGGAAUCCAACGGUGUGGAGGAGAAGCAAGCGGAAAGCACCGAGAGGAUGCAAGUUGCUGGCAAAGCCCUGGAAGAGUUGCUGAGCUCGGCGCAACGUCAGCACUGCCUGACCGUUGGAGUCUACGAGUCUGCAAAGGUCAUGAAUGUUGACCCGGACAGUGUGGUGCUCUGCCUUUUGGCCACUGACGAGGAGGACGAAGGUGACGUUGCUCUGCAAAUCCACUUCACUUUAAUUCAAGCAUUUUGUUGCGACAAUGACAUUAACAUCGUGAGAGUAAAUGACGUUCAGAGACUAGCGGAGAUUGUCGGCAGUGCAGUUGACAACGAGGAACCCAAGGAUAUGCAUUGCAUUUUAGUCACGAAUCCAAGCCAAGACUCUUGGAAAGAUCCAGCUUUAGAAAAACUUGGUGUCUUCUGUGAAGAGAGUCGCUGCACCAAUCAGUGGGUCCCCAACAUUUCCUUUCCUGAGCGUUGAAUUGUUGCAUAGACUUGGUGUUGCUGGAAGUAUUGUAUUUUGAAGUCGCCUUGUCAAGGAAAAGUUUGGCUUCAUGGAUCUGUGGAUUAGACUGGUAUUUUGGUCAAGUCGCAUGUACAUGUGACCAGUACAUAGCUGGUGAAUUGGAGACUGAGGACUGAUGGCCAAGACUAAUGAUGCAGCAAGUUGGAUAAAUGGACUGUUGCGAACAACCAUAGACCUGGAGUGGUGCAGAAAGCAGGAAGCACACAGUGCAACCCUGCACAUGCCACAGAGCCCUGUUUCUGUCACUUGGAGGAGAUUAAAUGAAAGCUCAAGACCAGCAUGGGAGCUGUGGGACUCUGAUCUGAUUCUAUACCAAUAUUGUUUAGUUAUGGAAGAGUUCAUUUUGAUCCAGAAUAGAAUUCAGAUAUUUACAGCUCUUGAGCUUUUAAUUUUCUAAAAACAUUUAAAUUUUAAUACUUGGUUCAUGUAGAGCAGAUUAAAUUUUUGAAAUAAAGCAUGUGAACUUUGA